AUGACAUCGACGUCGCAGAAUGUCCUCAUGAGAGAGUAUAAGGCUCUGGCCAAGGAGAAAUGGGUUCGGAUCGACGUUGACGAAGAAAACAUCCACCACUGGAACCUGGCCUUGAUGGUCCUCAACCCCGAGUCUUUAUACUAUGGUGGCUACUUCAAGGCUCAGAUGAGCUUCCCGAAAGAUUAUCCAUAUAAGCCGCCGGACUUCCGAUUUUCCAAACCACUAUGGCACCCCAACAUCUAUGCUGAUGGUCGUUUGUGCAUCUCAAUCCUUCACGCACCCGGUGAAGACAUCAUGUCUGGCGAAAGUGCCGGCGAACGUUGGUCUCCAGCUCAACGAGUCGAAUCUGUUCUCAUCUCGAUCCUUUCCCUCCUUGAUGACGCCGAGAUUUCCUCUCCGGCGAAUGUUGAUGCCAGUGUGAUGCUGAGAGACGACAAGGAAGCGUUCAAGGCCAGAGUCAAACAGGACGUUGAGACUUCGAAGAAAGAUAUUCCAGAAGGCUUCGAUUACCCCACGGCUGAGUUUGAGAAGCCGGUGGUUGAAAAGGCGGACGACGAUUUUUGGAACGAUAGUGAAGCGGAAGAAGUCGACUUUGAUGACUUCGACGACUUCGACGACGAUGCCAAAAACGGAAGCGAAUCGGAUGAAGAAUUGAACAAUGAUUCUGAGGAUGACGAGAACUUCGAUGACGAGGAAGAGGAUGGAACUGAACAUGCCCAAGGCAAGAAGUCUGAGGAAGAUAGACUGGAUUCCGAGAUGACAGAACCAGAUGAGUGA